GUCGGCCUUUGCGCUGACCAACCGGUCUUGGUGGCUUAUCAACUCCCUCUGGCAUCGCCAGGUCCCACAAGCUGCUCGCACGUAGGCGGUAGCCAUCGCUUCCCUCCUCGGCGCUAUCGCUCAGAUGUUGGCGGGCUGGGGGUGAUCCGCAAAUGACGUGUCAGGAAAGCGGAACCCGCCGAAUCUUCCUCUUCUAUUUACACUAACCACAAUGGACGCCGCGGGCACGAGCAACGGCGACGCUGACUCGUACUCGGGCAGCGAGCUUCCGCCACACCGCAAGAGGCAUCAGCGCCACCUUCUCGCGUGCAUGGGGUGCCGGAAAAUCAAAACGCGAUGCCUGGGAAACGAAGACCAAGUUUCACCCUGCCAACGCUGUCAGAGGCUCAACCUUGAGUGUGUUUACGAACGCAAGCGACGCCGGCGAACAGACUCUGCCGCAGCCUCGCCCGUCCGUCCCUCGCCGGCGCCGAAGCCGGUCAUUGCACCCCGUGGAGACUCGCAUCCCCCUCCACCGCAGCCAGAGCAUCGCAAUCCGCCGCGUCGCGAGCCGCAAGCUGUCCACCUUCCUCCCGCGCCUCCUCAGCUGCCACAUCCCUCUGUCCUCCCUCGCUCCCGUUCCCAUCCCAAACCUCACGACCGCCCACCUCACCUUCAACGCCAUGCGCAUCGCCCUGCCCAUCACCACCGCGACGUCAUGUCAGAGUCGAGCGUUCGCUUCUCCACGCCCUCCGAGUCGUCUUCGUCAGUCGCCGCGUGCGCGUCCAAGCGCACCGACAUUCGAGAGUAUCUCGACCCACAGCUACCGCGAGAUGUAAACGGAAGCGACGCGCCACCAGAACUUCAGCCGCAGGAAGUGGACGACGGCGAGAAUCCUAUAACCCUCGGCCUGGUGACCAUACACGAGGCCGAGACGCUCCUCACUUUAUACAUGCAACAUCUGAACCCCAUGACGGCGACCCUCGACCCCUACCUCUACACGUUGCAGUAUUUACGCUCCGUGAGCCCUGUUCUCCUUUCCUCCCUUCUGGCGAUCUCGGCCAAGUUCUUCCGCAAACACCUCUACCGCGCCUUGUUAUCUCACGCCAACUCCGUGAUUGAUCGCGCCGUCGGCGUAGGUCAGUGCGACAUUGGUCUCAUCCAGAGCCUCAUCCUCCUUGUGUACUGGAAAGAUCCCACCGACGCCAGCAGCUGGGUCAAACUUGGGAUUGGCAUCCGUUUGGGAUACCAACUUGGCAUGCACAUCCCGCGGAAUGGGCCGCUGCCACUGACAGAGCUCGAGGCCCGCAAGGUUGCCAACCAAGAGCGGACAUGGUAUACUCUUUCUUCAUUUGACAGGCUUUACUCGGAUGUAUACUCGCUCCCGCCGACGGUCAAGCUUGAGGAGAUCCCCGAUGCUUUCCCCUGGGCCGAGGAGACGGCAUGCCUUGGGUGCGGCGACAUGCGUCACGCGUGCUCCUUUUCCUCCGCUUCAACCUAUAGGAUGUGGGUCAAGUAUCGCCGCAACCUCGCCACGAUGUCGCAAGACUUGGCGUGGGCGAUUCUCACAGAGCUGUAUGCCCAGAUUGAACAGCAUAUGAAACGAUGGUUCCCCCCGGAUCCUGCCACCGGCAAGAUCACCGAGUUCGAGCAGGUCUACCUCAAAUGGUUCGACCUGAAUCACCUGCUCAAGAUCAAAUGGCACAUGUUGGACCUCUGUGCGCCGUACGAGCGCGAUGCGAUGCUCAUCGACUGGCUCCACCUGGCAGAGUUGUUUACGCUGCAAACUGAGGCGCUGGGAAUGCGGAAUACCCUGCGAUAUCUGCAAGAUACGAGCGCGACUCACAUAUCCAGCUUUGGCGUAAUGGUGUACAACCUCUUCUCGCGCCUCCCGCACUACCAACGCCGCGUUGUGACGGGCUAUGUCAGCCGCCUCUCCAAGUGCUGCGACAGUGCGACGCUCGGCGAUGGGGAGACGGUCAUGGGUUAUGUGGGCCGCUUUAUGCAGCGGCUGCAGCUGGUGCUCCUCUCGUCAGAGGAGGAGCACGCGCUGCCGCCGAGCGAGGUGCCGCCGCCUGAGAACCCUGCCAAUGCUGGCGCAUCGCUGGACCUGGACGCGUUCUUCAUGGGGAUGCUUCAAAACGGCGCAGACCCGUUAGCCAACCUUGUGCCGGGGCAGGAGUUUUGGUUCGACCCGAACGUGAUCCUGUCGUAGCUUUGCCAGGUUGAUUGAGAUACGGAGUCGGCUCAUUCUUUCGGCCUGAUCUCGCAAACGGGCCGAUGCCUGCGCGUGGAUGAUACCCUCGUUCGUCCACUGGCCAGAUUCGUCGACUGUCCUGUUCCCAGCGCGUAGGUGGACCAGUGUCGAGGUAAUAUCCUCUUGCUACGGAUUAUGGCAACUCUGCGCUGAGAUCGCUGAGAUGUGCAUUGUUGUCAAGAUGAGAGUACGAGCACCCU